AUGGAUAACUCACACCCUCGGAAUCGACGAAUCGUGACCUAUGGCUCUAAUGCCAAAAGUCAACCUCUAUUGAAUACCGAAAAGCCUGUGCGCUCAUCAGCCGCUAGAACGACUCCCAAAGAAAUGCCUUUGCCAAAAUCACGUCUCUCACGGCCAUUCUACACCAAGUUACAGCGCGACAAUAAUGGGGAUACAAAACCGUCUGGAUCGGUGGAAACGACCAAGGCUCGAGGCCUUGCACAACCAAAACCCACCACAGAACCUAAUGUGUAUGACUUUCCCUCUUCAGAUGACGAACAGAUGUCCAUGGUCCGGAGAAAGCGAAGGCGAUACAGCCCCGAUGAAAGCAAGGCAGUUCCUGCGACUAGGCGAUCCGUGAAGCCAAGCAAGGCAGAGAAUGGGGAUCAUAAAGUGUCACCACAAAUGGAGAAGAGGGUAUCCGAUGGCCGGAGUCGAUUGGUCAAAAAGCCAGAAGCCGACCAGGAGACAAGCUCCGCGAGAUCAACAAGGGCGGGGAGGUCUGUGCGGAGCCAGAAUAAGGUAUCUGCUCUCGAGCAUGAAAUGAGAGUAUCAAUCGAUGAGAGCCCGGAGGAUGCAGAGUUCGCGCAAAACAGCUCGCCGGACAUCAACCAAGGCUACACCACUAAAGCGAACAUCACCCCUGGUCGAAGGAGACUGAUUGACUCGCUCGGAAGCACGGAACACCCGGUUGAAAUAUCGCCAGAGAGUCCCGUUCAUAGCCAGCCAUCCCCGGCUCCAACCCCUCCCGACCGAGCUUCGCCAAGUGCGGCUGUGAAUGAGUGUCCUGCCGAAAGCCACACCCAAGGCUCUCCUGCGUCGGUUCCCUCUAAUUUACGAGGUUCCCGGGUCACGUAUGCACGCCAACGUUCUUUUUUGGAUGAUAUGAUUAUGUCAGAGGAUACUUCAGCGCACAAUGCUUCCGCUGGUCCGAAGCACCGCUCUCAAUCUGUCCAACGUCAGUUGAAUUAUGAGGCUACAUCCAGUGCCCGUUUAAUUGUGCCAAAUGAGGAUACCAACGAAGAUGGAUCUGUUCGCAGUAUUCAUGAACUCAGACAAGCCGGAGGAAACGCUCGGUACCGAGGUGCCGUCGAAUCUAUCUUCGAGGACAUCGAAGAUCCUCAAAACUCGUUGACGGGUCGAUGUAAUGCCUUUCUCCAACUGUGUGGCAAACUUCUGGAUCCUGAACUUAAACGGCGGUUUGUGGAAUGCAAUUUUGACAAAAGGCUUGUGGAUUGUCUGUCCAUGGACCUUCAGGUGGUCCCCACUAUUCUGGCUUUCUGUGCCUACGCACUGGGAUCAUCGGAUGGACACAUGUCUUAUGUUCUUGCGACUGCUGCAUGGCCUAAGCUUCUAGAUGCAUCGCCCGCCUUAUUGGUCAUGCAAGAUGAUAUAUCAGUGGCUGCAAGAGCUCAAGCCAGUGGCAUUUCUCGGCCCUUGCAAAAGACACUUCAGAACACUAUUCCACAGAUAGCUGCUAUGCUAUUUCCCAAUAUUGCAUUGUCGAAACUAUCCCCAUGCACUCUCGCGCUGUAUUGCCUGAGGUCGACUAUUUCCACAAUGCGAACCAAAGGCGAGAACCCUAGCCUUUCUACGCCUCUUCUAAAACCGUUGGUCCAAGCGCUCGUGUCUGAAAGCCGACGUUGUGUUUCAUUGGAAAAAAUACACCCAGAGAGCUCUCAAAUACUGUGCAUGGGCUUUUCAAUCUUGGAGGCUUCCACUGCAUUGGCUGAGUCGCUCACAAAAGAGCAUUGGGAUAUCCUAGACCCACUCUCUGAACUUCAUAGGCUGCUCUGUUUGGAGCCGGGCACUGUCAGCCAAAUACAACCCCUCUACAUUCGGCUUAUCUUAAACAUUACCAACAGCAGCCCUUCCCUCUGUGAUAGAUUUGCAACCCUGGAGAUGGUUGGGGGGCUGGUCCACAUUGUCUCUGCAAACUUUGGUGAUUUGACCGAAGACGCGCUUGGACAAGCGAAUAAUCCCCUGGACAGCGUGAUAUUGGCGCUCGGCGCACUUAUCAAUCUGACAGAACAGAGUGAAGCAUCAAGAUCAAUUUUUCUUCACUCUGCUGGUUCUUCAGCGACCUUCCUUGAUCAACUAUUGCAUUUAUUCAUGACUCAUGUCGAUUCCAUCUCCAAGGCUCACUCGGUCUUAGAAGUACACCACAAUGUUGCUGUGGGAUACCUAGCGGUACUUUUACUAACACUCAGUUUGGAUCCUGAGACUCGGUCCAAAAUCAAGAGCUCACUCGCCCCCAACGGAUUGACGGUGGUGAUAUCUACCGUUGAUGAAUUCCUGCAAUACCAUCAGAAGAUUGAACAAGAAAUCUCCACUUUUCCAACCCAGGGACAACCGGCGAGUGGGUUCCUGUCAAGAUUACAAGAACUUAUCACUCGGAUUCGACUGGCAGAGCAAUGA